AUGAAACAAUACAAAGUUAAACAUGCAUUAAUUACUAUUACUCUUUGUAAAUGUUGUUCAGAAAGAUUUAGAUAUAAAGAAUCUAUAGCAAAGGAUGGAUCACCAUGUAAAAAAUGUCAAAAGAAUCAUGUUCAUUGUAGAAAUUCAUGUCAAAAAUGUUGUAAACGAUUUCAAUACAAUGAUUUAACAUGUUCAAAUUGUGUUGAAGAUGGAAUUGAGUAUAAAAGAACAAUGAUUACAACAUAUGAACAAUUUAAAAAAGUUAAUGAACAAGGUGUUAAAUAUUUUUCUGAACAGUAUGAAAGAGGAGAAACUGGACGAUUUCAUGAGCAAUGUUAUAUUCAAUUAAAUUCAUGGAUGAACUUUAAACAAAUUAAGGAGAUUUUUGGAAAUAUGAUUCAUCGAGAAUGUCGAUGUGAUUAUUCUAAUUUAGAUUAUUGUGAUAAAUGUGAUGAUUCUUGCCAGGAAUUUCGUAAAUUGUUGAUUGUUUGUGAUGAAUCAGGAAAUGAAUUAAUUUCGGAUCAAAAAGGUUCAUUUAUUUUUGGAGAAUUUAAAGAAAGAAUAGGUAAUGAAAAAAUAAAGGUUGAUGAAAAAGAACAAGGAGAGUUUGAAAAAGCUAUAAAUAUUAUACUUGAUCAAUCAAAAGGUUAUGAAUUUAUUAAUAUUUUUAAACGAGAUCCAAAA